AAAGGAGCAAGAGGAGAAAGGAGCAAAACGGAAGCCCGGCGUACGCGACCUGCUGGAGAAGUCCACGGCGCCGAAGCCCACCGAAAACCCAAACCCAGCGCGGAAGGACGAGCUCACCUCUUCAGCUCUGCAGGCUGGCAAAGCCGUCGCCGCCGCCAACCAGCCAAACGAAGCCAACGCCAACUUCGCCUCUUGCGGGAAGCUGAUUUUCAUCUGUGCCAUAUUUUUGCUGGAGGGCUGAUGAUUAUCCAAAGAGUGGUGCUGCAUUCACGCCCUGGCGUCAGUGGAGUGCCAGUUGCAGAAAACUUCCGUAUGGAAGAAGCUACUCUCUCAGACAAAAUUGCUGAGGGUCAGGUCAAAGUUCGUACGCUUUAUCUGUCUGUGGAUCCCUAUAUGCGGUGCCGUAUGAAUGAAGAUUCUGGGUCAGACUAUCUCCAGGCUUGGAAAUUGUCUGAAGUUACUGAUGGAGGUGGAAUUGGUUGUGUGGAAGAAAGCAAAGAUGUGUGUUUUGCUCCAGGAGACUUUGUGACUUCCUUUGCCUGGCCCUGGCAGACUAAAGGCAUUUUAGAUGGAAAGCAACUGGACAAGAUCAAUCCACAUCUUGUAGAUGGACAGCUUUCCUAUUUCCUGGGUGCAGCUGGCUUGACUGGGCUGACAGCUUUGCUGGGAAUCAGAGAGAAAGGACAUGUAUCUCCAGGCUCUAAUCAAACCCUGGUUGUCAGUGGAGCUGCUGGUGCUUGUGGCUCCCUGGCUGGGCAGAUAGGUCUCCUGGAGGGCUGUUCUAAAGUAGUCGGUAUUUGUGGCACAGAUGAAAAAUGCAAGGUUUUGGUCUCUGAAAUGGGCUUUGAUGCUGCAAUCAACUAUAAGAAAGAGAAUGUGGCACAGCAGCUGCACAAACUUUGCCCAGAUGGAGUGGAUAUAUACUUUGACAAUGUUGGUGGAGACAUCAGUGAUACAGUAAUAAGUCAAAUGAAUUCAAAUAGCCAUAUUAUUUUAUGUGGUCAGAUCUCCCAGUAUAACAAGGAUGUACCUUACCCACCUCCUUUACCACCUGAGAUAGAAGAAAUAAGGAAAUCACGGAACAUUACUAGAGAAAGAUUCCUGGUUUUGAACUACAUGGAGAAAUAUUCAGCUAGUACUCUGCAGCUUUGUCAGUGGAUCAAAGAAGGAAAAUUGAAGGUCAAGGAGACAGUGGUGGAAGGCUUAGAAAACAUUGGAGCUGCUUUCCAGUCUAUGAUGUGUGGGGGCAACAUUGGAAAACAGAUAGUGCUUGUUUCCAAGUAAAAGCAAUUUCUGAUCUAUUUUACUUGUGUCCACUAAGAAAAAAAAUUGUGUAAGUCUAUGAUUUUAUCCUUUAUAUCUGUAUCCUUUUUUUGCUUAUUUUUUUUUACUUCUUUUGAUUCUCCAUUUUUUUCUAACUUCUUUAUGUGCUUUUUCUUCCAUCUCUUAGAGAAAACAUUUUUUAGUCACAAUGUGCUUCCUAGCCUUUCUCAAGUGUUAAAAUACUACUACUCUGCCACUGCUGCAGUGUAAUACAGACUGCAUCCAUAUAAUACAAAACCAAGAUUAAUUUUAGAUGUUUGAACAAAUGUCUUGCAAGCAAAUUAUCAUGGCUUAUUUGGCCACUUUCUACUUUGGUUUUCUUCUGUCUUUGUUCAUAUCUAGGGGACAAUUUCCUAGUAACACUAUAGUAGUAUUUCUGAGUUCAGACAUAAAGGUAAGCCAUGGUUGAAGCAGCUAGGAUUUGGUAACCAACUUCAAAACAGGUUUUUAAAUUAAGGCUUCUCAAAAAAUAAACCAUGGCGUAUUUCCUGGAACUGAGACAUUCAAAUAAACCAAUUAGGCAGAAUAUCUAUUGUACUGACUUAUGUUCUGGUAUGUAUAAACCAAACUAUAAUCACUACUGAAAAUGAAACAAUGGGAAUCUUUUCUUGUAUAUAAUGCAACAAUUAAAUCUAUUUGUUAAUGUAA